CAUCCCGCGUCGAACCCCGGCGAUCACCUGGUACGGUGAAGCGCGCGAGUGAGCCUUCGCUCACCUCCACCCCCGCCUGAAUGCCCACCGCUGCGCGCGGCGUGCUUCGACCGGCGUGGAGUGACCCCACUUAUUAUGUGUCACGAUCGACGGCUACGCCAUUCCACUCUCCCCCCGCAAGACCUCUCACGAGCGCGACAUGGGCCAGGCUGCCGACGUCGACGACGGACGAAAAUCGAAUACGACUACGACCCACUCCACUCCGCGAACGCUCUCGUCCAGACCGCCGUGCUUUGUCGUUGCUUUCACACCACGUACUCACUCAUUCUCUCACUCUGACUCACUUUUUUUUUUUUUGCCAUUUUCCUCCCCCUUCCUCUCCCGUCCACCUACUGUUCAAAUAUCACCACGCGCCAUGCUAUACCAACCCGUCCAGGUCGCCUCGCCGCCUUCGGACGCACGGUGUCCCCGAUCGAUGUAUGGAGCUUUAUCUCGCGCGCGAUGCGUUGCCGAUGCGAUGCAUACAACACCUCUCACACACGCCCCUCUCUCGUACACCGUACAGUCUAUCUAUAUCAGUGUUGCUUUACCCUCUCGCCGCCGUGCUCCGCCGAUCGCCACCGCGCAUUCCGUAUCGCAUCUCUGCUAGGGCAGGCCCGACAGGGCUCUGGCCGGGCAGACUCAGUCGGUCGGUCGGACAUUUAGAGCGGUGGUGCGACGAACCUCCUUCAUCGACAUCACGCCAUUCAUCGUAUCCGUACCCUGAAUAUCUACCGUACCCGCUCCUCCGCCCCGAAUGUUGUAUAAUGCCAUCCUCGCCUUCGUACAUAUAUAUCACCCAGUGGUCAUCCUCUCCUGGGCCGUCGCUGUCCCUACACCUCCCUGGCUCUUUCCACAUGUUUCUUGGUCUUCGACUGUCCUAUCCCCGCACGCCUCGCGGCUCGCCUACGAUAUAUAGUUCUUAAUCCGGCCUCUUAUAAGCUUCUCGCUACUCUGAACCCCC